AAGCACAUAUUACAGUUGAACAGUCCUUCCCAGUCCCACCCAGUUGUGAUUGUUUGUUCCCUUCCUCACUGCCUUGCUUUCAAAUUCAAUAACCAAAAUUCCCUUUUGACCUUUUUCUAUUUUCCCAUUUUGAGGUCAAAAGCUUCUUCGUGUGCCUGCAGAGUUCUCAAAAACCCUAGCCCAAAUAGGCAGUUUAUUUUUAUUAUUUUCUUUUUCUGUCAUCUUCUGGAAACUCAGCAUUCAGAGACAGAACAAAAGAGCCCAAUUUCUUCAUACUGCUUGCGGUAACAAAACCAUGCAGUUAUAUCACCACCCAUUCUCAUUGGACAGCCAAAGAGUGAGACUUGCUUUGGAGGAAAAAGGCAUUGAUUAUACAUCAUUCCAUGUCAAUCCUGUAACAGGCAAGAACAUGGAUGCCUCAUUCUUCAGGAUGAAUUCGACCGCAAAACUCCCGGUUUUCCAGAACGGCGGCCAUGUCAUUUUCGACACGAUUGAGAUCAUUCAAUAUUUAGAAAAAAUUGCAAAAGUCUCAUCAGGCGAUGAGAACAUCCCAUUAAGCAGCAGUGAAGUCAUUGAAUGGAUGCAUAAGAUACAAAAAUGGAACCCCAAGUUUUUCACACUUUGUCACAUCCCAGAGAAGCACCGUCGUUACGUCUCUAAAUUCCUAAGGCAGGUGCUCAUUGCUCGAAUGGCAGAAACUUCUGAUUUGGCAGCUGAUUAUCACAAGAAGUUAAAAGAAGCAUAUGAGACGGAAGAAAAGUUGAAAAACCCGGAUGUUUUGAAACAGGACAAGGAACACCUAAUAAGACUUCUUGAUGAAGUUGAAACACAGCUGAAUGAAACGGCAUAUUUAGCCGGGAAAGAGUUUAGCAUGGCAGAUGUGAUGCUCAUUCCGGUGCUCGCACGGUUAGUGAUCUUGAAUUUGGAGGAUGAGUAUAUAGGUGGCCGGCCGAACAUGGCUAAAUACUGGAUCAUGGUGCAGCAGAGGCCUAGUUAUAAGAAGGUGAUUGGGAAGCAUUUCUGUGGCUGGAGGAAGCACAAAACAUUCGUGAAAACAUGGUGCAUAGUUCACAUCAGAACCAUGCUAAGGAAAUUCUGAUGAAUUAUGCAUGGUAUUCUUCCCAUGCUGUAAAUGGCUCAGUUGCAUUAGAUUGGAAAAAGAAAGAAAAAAGAGAGAAGAAUACAGUGCAUGUACUUUUCUUUAUACAUUUUUUUUAAAAAAUCACCCUUCUUUAGAGGAGAUUGAGCAAUAAUUGAUACUAUAUCUGGAGAUCUGUUCUUCUCGGGUAGAAAAUACUCGAAAUAAUUAAUAGAGAAGCAUAUUUAUACUUUA